AUGGCGCAUGGCUAUGCCAAGGCGGAGGUCGGCCGCGGCAGCGUCAUCUCAUCUCCCGUUCCUGCGGUGGGUGCAGCUGCUGAGGUGUUCAGCAGCACCUCGAACCAGUGGGAACAAUGCAAGGUGAUUCGUGUGGAGGACAACAUUGCCACUGUUGCUUACCAACGUGGCCGAGACCAUGUGCAGAAGGCCCUGCCGCUGGGCCACCCGCAGCUGAGGCUCGGGAGCGCGAUGCCGGCGCCAGCGCCGGCAGCACUUCCAGCCAUGAGUCUCCGUCCCGUUUGCCGUGAAGGCGCCAAGUGCAAGGCUCGACAGGAUCCUCGGCACCUUGAAGCUUGGAGCCAUCCUUUCGACCCAGACUACCGGCGCAGCUGCGAGAGGGAAGGGCUCCAGCCCUUCCUGCCGACACUGCACCUUCUGUUCGGAUGGGUGGACGCCGAUGGCUCGGGGAAGAUCUCCAGGUCCGAGUUGGAACAGGCGCUUCCCCUCCUUGAGCGGCUUCAAGGAGAGAGGCUCAUGCUCACGGAGGAAUCCUGGGAGCAGUUGGACGAGGAUGGGAAUGGAGCUGUGAACUUUUCUGAGUUUGCACAGUGGGCCGGGCCACGAUUGGGCCUUCCUUUGGGCGUCGACCAUCUCUUUGCCGACCAACUGCCACCCUGCGGGAUCAUCGGCUGCCCUUGCCCAGGUUUCCGCCUCGACGAGCGAGCCGCGCUUUUUGAGAUGUUUGGUGAGAAAAAGAAGAAGAAGGACAAAAAAGCCAAGAAGGAGAAGAAGCACAAGAGGGAUUGGGAAGAAUGUAUGUGCCGCGAGGUGGAUGUCGGUCCUCAGAGAAUCCAAGAGCGACUCGACAGCUGCGCUUGUGGACACAAGAAGAUGGUCCACCGCCUGGGUGCCUCGCGGGAAAUGAGGUCAGUGCCACUACCACAGCACUGGGUGCAACCGCCAGCCGAGAUGUCAGCAUCCAAAGGAGCACCCAUCAUUCCGCUGCCUCCAGAUCACUGCCAGCUGCUUCAGCGCCUGCUCGACAGCACUUACAGCAACGUGUGGACCCGUGAUCGAAAGCGCCAUCACCCUGACAACCCGAAUGUGCCUCGCGGCUUUCGCGUGGUGCGGGCAUACCGUGCGCAGAACUUCAAGAAUUGGCAAGAGUACGCCGUGCGGCGAGCCGAGCUGCUCAAGGAUGCCAAAGACAGAGCCAUCCAGCACUACGACGUGCAGUCCAGUGCAGAAUGGGCGAGCUACACCCACGCGUGUGGCAUCGAGCCGCUUCAACGGGCGUGCAAUGAGUGGGUGCUUUUCCACGGCACCGCUCCACCAGCGGCGCUGGAGAUUUGUCGGAGCGACUUCCGCAUCAGCCUGGCUGGUGACAAGACGGGGACACUGUACGGCCGCGGCACCUAUUUCGCGGAGUCGAUCACCAAAGCUGACGAGUAUGCAAAGGCCGCAGAUGGCGAGUACGCGAUGCUGCUGGUGCGAGCAUUGGGCGGCCGUGUGCGAUACUGUGAUGAAGUGGAACCAGAUGCAGAGGACCUCACGCGAAGCUGCAUCGAGGGGCCGUACGAUUGCGUGUUGGGCGACCGGAAGAAGUGCCGGGGCACGUAUCGGGAGUUCGUCUUCUUCGACACAGAGAACCUCUUUCCGGAGUACAUCGUAAUCUACAGCCGGCAGUACUAG